GUCAGGUUUUCCUGCGGGGUUACAUGGCGCCCCCUCAGGAACAGGGAACCCUCCCUUCGCCCUUAUCUUCCACGCCAUUUCUCUUCGUCUGGCUUGGUCGCCUCUUUGCUCGCCCUGUAAGUUCACUUCUGAGGAGCUUACUUGUCGGUUCGAGUUUAUUAACCGACAUUAUCUCUCAAGGUAGUGCUCGGGCAAUAGUAUCUGUACAUCGGGGGCCAUCGUCAUCAAUCUCAAUAACCUCUGGUCGAUCUGCCAUCAUCAAAAGAGUCGAGAGAUCCUGCAACCCUGUUGAUAUCACGAUGCCUUCUCCGCAGCAAGUCUAUCUGCUUCCCCUGAAAGAUGAUGGCUCUCCGGACGUCCCCGGCGGCUAUAUUUACCUGCCUCCACCGACCAAUCCCCCAUAUCUGCUUCGGUUCGUCAUCGAGGGAAGCAGUUCGAUUUGCAGAGACGGGCUUUUAUGGGUAAAUAUGCCUGAGACUGGGAAAUCUUUUGAUCGCUCUGUCUUUCAAAGUUUCAGGUAACAAAUAUGUCAUCCUGGUGUCGGUUGAUGGCGGAUUGGCGCGAUUGCUGAAGCGAUAGUAGAUUGCACCCGGACUUCAACAAGAACAUUCAUAUUGAUAUUGCUAUCACAUCUCCGGGAUCGUUUGCCUUCUACACCACAUUCUCUCCACUUCCAGAAUUCUCCGUCUGUCCCGUCGCAACGAAUGCAACGGCAAGAACACCAACUCAUUAUAUAGAUGUGUCCCCAAGCCUGACGCUCAAGGGUCGGGAUCUCCCUCUCAAUGCUCUCUCGAUCUUUUCGGUCAUCUCCAAGUUCCUGGGGAAGUAUCCCACGGAUUGGGAUAGACACCUCGAAAGUAUCAGCAUUCGCAAUUACAACAUGAUUCACUUCACGCCUUUGAUGAAACGUGGUGCUUCGAACUCCCCUUACAGUAUCUACGACCAGUUGACCUUCGAUGAAGCUUCGUUUCCAAAUGGGGAAUCAGACGUUGCCCAAUUGGUUUCAAGAAUGGAAAAUGAUUACGGUCUCUUGUCGCUCACGGACGUGGUUUGGAACCAUACGGCAAACAAUAGCAAAUGGCUUGAGGAGCACCCGGAGGCGGGGUAUAGUGUUGAGACGGCCCCCUGGCUUGAGGCAGCACUAGCUUUGGAUGAUGCUUUGCUGGAAUUUGGCCGUGAACUUGGUCCAUUAGGCCUUCCGACAGACUUCAAGACUGUUGAUGAUCUCCUGACCGUCAUGAACGUGGUCAAGGAUCGUGUCAUCCACGAAUUGCAAUUAUGGGAGUUUUAUGUGAUUGAUGUGAAAGCAAAUGCCCGGGAAAUCAUCGCCAAGUGGAAGACCUCCGACAACAUAGACUUGACAGAGGAUCCAUGGUCGCAGUUUGAUCUCGCUGGAUACAAGAAUUGGUCCCUCAAACAGCAGGCAAACUUCAUUCGUGGUCAAGCGAUACCAACGCACAAGCAGGUUCUCGGGAGAUUCGCGCGCGCGAUUGAUGUCAAUAUUGGUGCGGCAGUCCUGACGGCUCUUUUCGGCUCGAAAAUCCAAAUCGAAUCGGAUUCUACUGUAGAAGGUACCCUGGUAGCAAUCCUCGAUGAAGUGAACUUGCCUUUCUAUAAAGAGUACGACGAAGAUGUCUCCGAGAUAAUGAACCAACUCUUCAACCGCAUCAAAUAUCUUCGAAUCGACGAUCAUGGACCAAAACUCGGCCCCGUAACCGAUGAGGACCCGUUGAUCGAGUCCUACUUCACCAGGCUACCACUGAAUGACAUUACCCAGCGCCAUAGCGCCAAGGCACUUGCGCUCGUGAAUAAUGGCUGGAUUUGGAACGCCGACGCAAUGCGGGAUAAUGCAGGCCCUGAUUCCAGGGCAUAUUUACGCCGAGAGGUGAUUGUUUGGGGCGACUGCGUGAAGCUGAGAUACGGGUCCGGCCCCGACGACAAUCCAUUCCUGUGGAAUUUCAUGACCCAGUAUACGCGCUUGAUGGCAAAAUACUUCUCGGGGUUUCGUAUUGAUAACUGCCACUCAACGCCCCUAGUCGUCGCCGAAUACCUGCUGGACGAGGCUCGAAAAGUUCGACCCAACCUUACUGUCUUCGCUGAGCUUUUUACGGGCUCUGAGGAAGCCGACUACGUGUUCGUCAAGCGACUUGGUAUAAACGCUCUUAUUCGAGAAGCCAUGCAAGCCUGGAGCACUGGGGAGCUAAGUCGGCUGGUUCAUCGUCAUGGUGGUCGUCCUAUCGGGAGUUUUGAUGUCGAUUUGCCGUCAGCUGGAAGUAGCCAUGCAUUGGUCUCUGCGAACCCCGAAAAUACGCCGGAGAGCCUCUCGCAUAUUCGACCGUGCCCUGUCCAGGCCUUAUUCAUGGAUUGCACUCAUGAUAAUGAAACGCCAUCGCAAAAGCGGACUGCGAAGGAUACCUUGCCAAAUGCCGCCCUGGUCUCGAUGUGUGCAUCGGCGAUCGGAAGUGUCAUGGGCUAUGACGAGAUAUACCCGAAGUUAGUAGAUCUGGUUCACGAGAAACGACUUUAUUCGUCGGUAAGAUCGGAUCCUUCAAACCAGGAUACUCAGGCUACCGAAGGGGGCAUUGGCACCGUGAAGACGCUCUUGAACAGACUCCAUACCAUGAUGGGGGUGGACGGAUACGACGAAACCCAUAUUCAUCAUGAUGGCGAGUAUAUCACCGUCCACAGGGUACAUCCCAGAACUCGGAAAGGUGUCUUCCUCAUAGCACAUACCGCAUUCCCUGGUCAUGAAAGUCAGCCCCCCUUGGCACCUACCCAUCUGACUGGUACUGAAGCAAAACAUGUUGGGACCUGGCUGCUGGAGGUGGAUGCGACAGAUAACGCGAAAGAUGAAACUUUAGCAGAUAAGUCAUAUUUGCGAGGGCUGCCUAGUAUAGUUCGCAAAAUCGAGGGGGUUGCUAUCGAGCAUACUGGAAACGACACAAUCAUUUCAGUGCUGGAAUCUUUCGUCGCAGGAUCCAUCGCGCUCUUUGAAACCUCUAUCCCAGAAGCUGAGCACUCCACGGGUCUAGCCAAUUACAUCGUUGAGGGUGCUGACCUUGCAUUUUCAAAGCUCAACCUAAUUGACCUGAACUUUGUGCUUUACCGUUGUGAUGCGGAGGAGAGAGACUCCAGUGGUGGUCAGGAUGGGGUGUACAACAUCCCGAAUCAUGGACCUUUGGUUUAUGCCGGGCUUCAGGGCUGGUGGAGCCUACUUGAAAACAUCAUCAAAUACAACGAGCUCGGACACCCAUUGUGUGAUCAUGUACGGCAAGGACAGUGGGCUCUUGACUAUAUAGUGGGACGCUUAAAGAAGGUUGCACAAAAAGAAGGAUACGAUGCUGUGCGUGAUCCUGCUGUAUGGCUGCAAGAGAAAUUCGACGCUGUUCGCAAGCUACCAAAUUUCCUUCUGCCGAGAUACUUUGCCAUCAUUGUCCAGGUCGCCUACAAUGCAGCCUGGAAGAGAGGCAUUCGUCUUUUGGGAAGCAACAUCCAGAAAGGACAGGAAUUUGUCCAUCAACUGGGUAUGGUUAGCGUGCAGCAAACAGGCUACGUGGACUCUGCAUCUUUAUGGCCAACGAAAAGAGUUCCAAGCCUUGCCGCCGGUCUACCACACUUUGCCACGGACUGGGCAAGGUGCUGGGGUCGUGACGUCUUCAUUUCUCUUCGAGGGCUGUUGCUGUGUACUAGCCGAUUUGACGAAGCUAAGGAGCAUAUUCUUGCUUUUGCUAGUGUACUCAAACAUGGCAUGAUCCCAAAUCUUCUGAGCAGCGGAAAACUACCACGGUAUAAUUCUCGCGACUCGGUGUGGUUUCUGUUGCAGGCCAUUCAAGACUAUACAGAAAUGGCACCAGAUGGACUGCAGAUAUUGAGGGAACAGGUUCCUCGCAGGUUCCUACCGUAUGACGACACCUGGUUCCCAUUUAAUGAUUCGCGGGCGUACUCUCAAAACUCGACAGUCUCCGAUAUCAUUCAAGAAGUCUUCCAACGCCAUGCCAACGGGUUGUCAUUCCGGGAAUACAAUGCGGGGCCGGAAUUGGAUGUGCAAAUGAAGCCAGAGGGCUUUCAGAUAGACGUCACUGUCGACUGGGAGACAGGAUUAAUAUUUGGAGGCAGUCAGUUCAAUUGCGGAACAUGGCAAGACAAAAUGGGCGAGAGCGAGAAAGCUGGAAACAAGGGCUGGCCUGGAACGCCACGAGACGGUGCAGCCAUCGAAAUCACUGGUCUGGUUUAUAGUGCACUGAAAUGGGUCACUGGUCUCCAUAAAAAGGGUCUCUAUGCUCAUGACAAGGUUCAGUUACGAGACGACAAAUCAAUAACUUUCGAGGACUGGGCUGGAAAGAUCAAAAGCAGCUUUGAGCGUUGUUAUUACGUGCCCUUGGAUCCGAAUGAGGACAGUCAGUACGAUGUCGAACCCACAAUCAUCAACCGCCGAGGCAUCUAUAAAGACUUAUACAGAUCCGGGAAACCGUAUGAGGACUACCAGCUUCGAUCGAACUUUCCCAUUGCUAUGACGGUAUCGCCAGACCUGUUUACCCCUACAAAGGCCUUGGCUGCUCUCGCUCUUGCAGAUACUGUGCUUGUGGGCCCAAUGGGAAUGGCUACACUCGACCCGUCUGACUUGAACUAUCGGCCCACCUACAACAAUUCGGAAGAUUCAACCGAUUUCGCGACUUCCAAGGGUAGAAACUACCACCAAGGUCCUGAGUGGGUCUGGCAGCGGGGAUACUUCCUCCGAGCUUUCCUCUACUUUGAUCUUGCUCGAAGAAAGACACCCGAGGAACGAACCGAAGCUUACCAGCAGGUGACUCGUCGGUUAGAAGGGUGCAAACGGGCUCUUCGAGAAAGCCCUUGGAAGGGUCUCACGGAGUUGACGAAUCAGAGCGGUGCACAUUGCGCAGACUCGGUAUGUUCAGAUUUAUUCCCAUACUCUACAUUAUAUCACUUGCUAACUUGUACAAUUUUCCGAUCUUAUAGUCACCUACACAGGCAUGGUCUGCUGGGUGUUUGCUCGAUGUUUAUUAUGAUGCAUUACGCUAUUCGUCGUGAAAAUCGUAGAGUGAGAGCCAUGAGAGAAAUGUCUGCGCAAUUUAGAUAUACAGACACGGAGAUGGUAGAAUAUAACGAAUACUGGGAUUUUGGCUAGGCUCAUUAUACUAUUGUUGUCAUCGCGAUCAUCCCUUGUCAGUAGAAUAAGAUAGUCAGUGGCAUAAUUCCAUGUA